AUGGCAAGGAAUUGGUGGGGGAAAAUGAUGACUCCUAUGCAAAAGGUUUGGGCAAAACUCUCUAAAAGGAUUUGCUCGCGGAAAAAUGGUAUCAUCAAGCUUCACCAAGAUGUGAGGUCAUGUGAGUAUGAAGAUGUACACAUUUUGUGGGACAUGCUCAAGAGGAAAGAGGUGGACUUAACAAUUGAAAGGGAGCCUUUUUGGAGGCUCCACUGGUCGAAGUGCUCCCCUUUGCUCUGUUGUGCUGUUUGA